GCUUUCUGUGUCAUUCAUUAAGAGCCCAGCCGCUUAUAACGUGCGACGCCACAUAGAUGAGAAAGGAGCUCUAACAGUCGACCACACAUCCCGGGAAGAGGGCACAAGUAACUGGGCAGGCAGAGUCAAACCGACCCCGGGGCGUGCACAUUUCCAGCCUAGAUCACACACAGACAGACAAGCACCACCAGCAGCAGCACCAGCAGCAGCAGCAGCAGCAGCAGCAGCAGCGCAGGGACCAGACUUGGACCUGACAGGUCACCUACUCAAAUUCUACCUGCAGCCGAGCAUGGAGCGCAAAAUCCCUAAUUUCGCCGGAAACUGGGAGAUGAAGAGUUCUGAAAACUUCGAGGAACUCUUGAAAGCGUUGAAUGUGAAUGUGUUACUGCGCAAGAUAGCAGUGCAGGCUGCCUCCAAACCACAGGUGGAGAUCACGCAGGACGGAGAGACUCUGUCCAUUAAAACCUCGACCACAGUACGCACCACCCACAUCACCUUCACCGUGGGACAGGAGUUCAACGAGAGCACGGUGGACGGACGUCCCUGCACGAGUUCCCCAUGUUGGGAAACAGACAGUAAGAUCAGCUGUGAGCAGACUCUGCAGAAAGGAGAGGGGCCCAAGACAUCCUGGACCAGAGAGAUCACCAAUGACGGGAAGCUGAUCCUGACCAUGAGAGCAGAUGAUGUGAUUUGCACCAGGGUCUAUGAACGACAAUGAACAAGAGCACUUCUCACUUUUCGUCCUUCCCGCACCCCCUCUCCCGCAUCACCACUUGUGUCACUACUCCCCUUUGGCAAGGCAGCACUGGGAGAUAGCGGUCUUUAGUUUUAUUCCAGUUUCUCAGUUAGCUUCACUACAUAAUAAAUGUGGUUAAUUGUAUCUAGUAUGUCACAUAUCGACACAGCAGUCUUAGCUUCUGAGUUAUCCAUCUUUCCAGCUCCAUAAAAACGUGACCUGAAAACAUAAAAAUGUAUGUUGUGUUGUAUGUUUGAUUUGUGUGUGUGUCUGUGUGUGUGUGUGUGUGUGUGUGUGUGUGUGUGUGUGUGUGUGUGUGUGUGUGUGUGUGUGUGUGUGUGUGUGUGUGUGUGUGUGUGUGUGUGUGUGUGUGUGUGUGUGUGUGUGCGCGCGCGGCAGCAGGGGAGGCGUGAGACUAUAUUUGUAGAUGUGUAAACCAAUCUAUGAGCUCUUCCAGUUUCAGGUCAGUUUUGUGUCCCUCCUCUCUGUUCCUUUAGCCCCUGCACCAACAACUUCAACCUGUUCUCAUGAUGACAUUUUAUAUUUAUUUCUACACUAGAGUCAGAUACAGCACUGCUAAGGUUUUUACUUUGUGUGUCUUUUGUAUGAAAUGUGAUUAUAUGAAACAACACUUUCUAUGGGGGAAAAAAAUAAAGCACCACAUUAACUCAGCUUGA